UCCGGUCACCGUCCCCCGUCACCACACACAGUUGCUUUGCACCUCCUCGCUGUCGUAUACAACACACCACCGCAGAAGAAGUGAACUCAAUUUUCGUUUCCCCUCCCAGCGUCUUGAAAAUCGAAAAUUCUCCACUAUUCCUAAAUCUUGCCCAAUCCCGCCCGUCUCAUUCUACUCCGCCCGUUUCUCUCUCUCUGGGUUUCUCCUCUCAAUCGGGUGUCUCGACUCGCUCAACAGAACACUGCUGUGUGUUGUUGGCGCUGCUGCUUAUGGUAUACAAGCGUCCACUUACUUAAAUUGAGAUGCGUAAUCAAUAGCUGGUUAAUUGGUUGAUUGCAGGUAAAUGUGCAUUUUGGAUUUAUUUGUGGCUGUUGAAUGGUGAUGUGAAACAAAGGGGAAAAUGCAAGGAAUAGCCAAAUCUAUACGUCAUCCUCAAUCUAGAACUUCUGGAAGAAAUACAUUGAAAAGGUGCAAGAAUAAUGGGGAAGCUGAUAACGUUGUUCUCAUUGAUGUUGAUAGUGAUGACAUCAAUAAUGUUAUUAUCAUUGAUGUUCCUGAAUCUUUAAAGAAGAAGCUAUUGAGAAAAGACAGAGAAUGUCAUUUUGAAACUAUAAUCUGCAUUGAUGAUGAUGAUGAAAAUUCUGAUAUUAAUCAACCUGGGAUGGGAAAAGAAGAUGGAGUGGACUUCCAUACUGAGGCCUCAUCUAGCGGGAGAUCUUGCCCUGCCCCAAACCACCCUCGAAGCUUCACAGAUGAAGUUGGCAAUGAGUCCCAAUUUGUUCGAGGAAAUUUAUCUCCACUAAAGUUAUCGAAGUGCAAAAGAACAUAUUCUGGAAAAGCUUCCAGCAGAAGUUAUUGUGGUUUAGGUCCUGACUUAGACAGCAUUUCACCUGAUAAUGAUUCUCCUGACUGUGACUUCAUGGAAGACUCUUUUGGAAAGCUUCGUGAGCAGUGGGAAAAGGCUAACAUGAAGAAAAAAUAUGUUGUUCACAAUGUUCAAUCUGAGAGGGGUGACCAGGUUAAUAAUUCUGGCUUCCAUAAAGUUAAGCAUCAGAAUGUCGAAGUAGAAAAUGCAACUGACCAACAGGCAGAAGGUGAGGCUUGUACUUGUUCAAGCAAUUCCAACAAUGUGGAAGAAAACUCAUUUCCUUUUGUUGAAAAAGGUGUUGGAAAUUUGGGAAGUACGUGUAAUAGUCCAAAGAAGACGCCUUCCACUGGUUUUGGUUUAGGCUCAACUGGUGAAACUAGUGAAACAAAGUGUUUUCGUAGUGAGGUUAACCGGUUCAGAGGGGAUUCAUUUCCAGUUAGUUCGUCCUUCGAUAAUGCCGAGGGGCAAAUUAAUGUUAAGCAUGGUGGUUCCAGCUUCUGUGAUGAAGUUGACCACUGUUCUCAAGGACCACAUCAAUGUUGUACCAAUAGACAGGGUGAGAAAGACAUCAAUCCAACUAAUUUAUUUUCUCAGGACAAAGAAAAAAUCCCCCCUGCAGAACCUAGUACAUCAAAACCUGAUCCAACUGUUCAUGUGAACUUUGGUUGUAGUGAAGGUAGUUUACCAGAUGAAAUGUUUUCCUGUUUCUCGACCCAGCAUUCAGUUGACAUUGAGUUUGGCCAUGGCACAGAAAAGUUUCACCAGAAUCCUAGUUGCAAAGCUCAUUUUCAUACUGAAUUCAGCAAUGACACUAGUUCUGUGGAUAAGAAUAAAUUUGUAUCUGCAAAACCUCCAUUUAAUAAUAUCAGACCAUCUCAUGAAACACAGGUGAACCCUGGUUGUGUGGAUAAUGAUGUUAGAGCUGUUGAUGGGGAAAGUUACUGUCAAGUUCCAUCCAUGGGAAAGUUGGGGUUAGACAAGGAAGACAGAUUCUGUCAAGACAAAGUGGAAAGGGUCCCAAAGAAGCCAUCUUUAUUUAGUUUUCCUUGUGAAGAAGUGCAUCUUUGCAAAAAUAUGGGUUCAGGGGAAUUAUUUGGUAAAAUUUCAUCUAACCAUCAGCUAGAGGAAAAAGAUGGUCUGAAGGAUGCUCAAGAUGCUGAUGUGAUGAAUGCUGUCCAGGAUAAUAUAAUAAUUGAAAGGGAAAAGCAUAAGGAGACCGAUGAAUAUAAACGAGCAGCAGAGGAAGAAUGGGCAUCAAGACAACGAGAGUUACAACUUCAGGCUGAAGAAGCACAAAAGUUGCGGAGACUGCGGAAGAGGGAGAAAGCAGAAAGCAUGCGUUUAUUAGACAUGGAGAGAAGACUAAAACAACGGGUAGACGAAAUGAGAGAAACACAAAAGAAGGAUGAAGAGAACAUGAACUUGAAAGAUCAACUUCGUGCUGAGGUUAGGAAGGAGCUUUCGCAAUUGGAAAUGGAGUGUCCAGAUAUGGCUUCAUUGUUGUGUAGCCUAGGAAUCCUUGUGAGUUGUAGAGUUCAGCCUCUUCCACAUGAGGUCCGAGCUGCAUAUAAACGAGCAUUGCUAAGCUUUCACCCAGACAGAGCUUCUGGGUCAGACCUUCGGCAGCUGGUCGAAGCUGAGGAAAAAUUCAAGCUUAUUUCACGCAUGAAGGAGAAGUUUUCGUAUACUUAUUGAUGAUGAGGCUCAAACGUAGGAACGUUUUAGUUUCAGCGAAAGAAGUCAGUUUUGUGCCUGCUUGGAGGCCUCCCAUUCUUUAGAUUCUAUCAAAAGAGUAGUAGUUAAAAUGCUCUGUACAUGUGUAGUAAGUAAUUUCCUAAAUAGUAGUAGUAGUAGUAGUUUGAAGCAAAGCGAUUUUAUCAUGUCCAAAGCAAUUAUCGCCUGAGCCUGACAGACUUGUGAGAAAGAAACACGUUAAAAAGGCCAGAUCUUUGCUA